AUGGAUCAAUUAAAUUUCUCUGGCCGCGUAGCUGUUGUGACAGGAGCCGGUGGUGGCCUAGGAAAGGCCUACGCCUUACUUCUUGGUUCUAGAGGUGCUAAAGUGGUGGUAAACGAUCUCGGCAGUGCUCGAGAUGGUGUUGGUAAAUCAAACUUCGCAGAUCUUGUUGUACAGGAAAUUAAGGACAAAGGUGGAAUUGCUGUCGCCGAUUACAACUCGGUGGUUGAAGGAGAGAAGAUUAUUAAAACGGCUCUCGAUAACUUCGGAAGGGUUGAUAUUCUUAUCAACAAUGCCGGUAUCUUACGUGACAAGAGUUUUCAGAAGAUGUCCGAACAGGAUUGGGACUUGAUCCAAGCUGUACAUCUGAAAGGCGCUUACAAAACCACUCAAGCUGCGUGGGAGACUUUCAAAAAACAGAAGUAUGGUCGCAUCAUCAUGACGAGUAGUAACGCUGGUUUGUUCGGAAACUUUGGACAGGCUAAUUAUAGCGCUGCAAAGAUGGGUCUAGUCGGUCUAGCCAGUACAUUGGCCAUUGAAGGCGCGAAAUACAACAUUAAAGUGAACACAAUAGUACCGACAGCAGCCUCCAGACUCACAGAAGACAUCUUACCACCGGAAAUGUUCCAAGCGAUGAAACCUGAUCUCAUCGCACCCGUUGUAGCCUACAUGGUACAUGAGUCUUUCACUGAUAGCGGGCUCAUUAUUGACUCAACAUUGGGUUUCGCUACCAAGGCUCAUCUUGUCCACUCACAGGGAGCACUAUUGAGGAAGAAACCAUCGGAUCCUGUGACAAUAGAAUCAGUUAGAGACAAUUGGUCCCAAGUUGUGAACAUGGAGAACGCUCAACACAUAGAUAAGAUAGCUGAAGUUACAGUCAAUCUCGUUGAGAAAUUACAGGUAUAA